AUGCCUCGAAGAAAGUCCAACCUUUCCCAAUGUAGCAGAAAUGCUAAAAGGAUACGAUUAAUUCGAUCACAGGAAUCUGAGGAAGAUCGUGAAGCGAGGCUCUCUGCAUCUCAGGAACAUCAGGCUAGGUUUCGUGCUGCAGAAACUUCCACUCAGCGAGAAUCUCGACUGAGUUCAAAUCGUUCUCGAAUAAUGACAAUUCGAAAUAGGGAGAUUAGCGAACACCGAGAGGCACGUUUAUCUACUGAUCGCGAGGCCCACGCUCUAUCGCGUGAGUCUGAGACUUUUACAGAUAGGGAAAUUCGCCUAAGUUCUCAGAGGGUUCGAACAGCAAAUGCUCGAUCUCAGGAGACACAGGACGAACGAGAACUACGUCUAUCUGCCGACCGUGAAGCUCAUGCACUAUCGCGUGAAUCUGAGACUUUCACAGAUAGGGAAAUUCGCCUGAGUUCUCAGAGGGUUCGAACAGCAAAUGCUCGAUCUCAGGAAACACAGGACGAACGACAAGUACGUCUAUCUGGCAACCGUGAAGCUCAUGCACUAUCGCGUGAAUCUGAGACUUUCACAGAUAGGGAAAUUCGCCUGAGUUCUCAGAGGGUUCGAACAGCAAAUGCUCGAUCUCAGGAAACACAGGACGAACGACAAGUACGUCUAUCUGCCGACCGUGAAGCUCAUGCACUAUCGCGUGAAUCUGAGACUUUCACAGAUAGGGAAAUUCGCCUAAGCUCUCAAAGAGAACGAACUUUGCGGUCUAGGGAGCUGGAAAGUAGUAUCGAUCGUGAAUAUCGAUUAACAGCUGAUCGAGAGCGACACAACACUAACAGACUUCAUGAAAAUGAUGAUGAACAUCGAGAAAGAUUGCAACGAGCUAGAGAAAGCUAUGAGCAAAGCCGUCAGAGUGAAGAAAAUUAUUUAUUAAUUGAGAGGGAACGAGUGAGGGAUAUUCGGCAACAAGAAACUGCAGACGAACGCCAGUCUCGGCUAAAUGCUGAUCGAGUUGCACAUACGAUCAUUAGAAUGGUGUCAAGCCCAGAAAGUGGGACGGAGAUAGAAAACCUUCCAUGGGCGAACAAAGAGAAAUCAGGGUAUUCGUAUUCACCCAGAAUUGAUUACUCUGAAUUCGCCAUUAUAGGAGGUAUGGUGGUAUGUUGUGCAUUUUGUAAUGCUUUCAAAUGGCAAAAAGAACCAAAUGGCAUAUGCUGUUCAGGUGGCAAAGUGCUCAUUGAAAAUUUCCAUGAUCCUCCAGACAUUAUGAAAGCUUUACUGAAUGGGGAACAUCCUCAGUCCAAACAUUUUUUGGACAAUAGCCGUUUAUAUAAUAGUGCAUUCCAAAUGACAUCCUUUGGGGCCAAACAAAUUACAGAGGGCCCUUUCAUGCCAACGUUUAAGGUGCAGGGCCAGGUUUAUCACCUUAUUGGAUCUUUACUUCCGCAAAAUGAGCCAAAAUUUCUUCAAAUUUAUUUUGUAUCAAAUUACAAUGAACAGGCUCAUAUCCGACAUGAUAACUUUCCUCAAUUGAACAUCAACCUCAUAUCUCAACUUCAAAAUAUGUUACAUCAAGUAAAUCCGUAUGUCAGAAGUUUCAAAGCCGCGAUAGAUUCUAUCCCACAAGGCCAAAAUAACAAUAAUUAUAAAGUAAUAAUUAAGGCUGAUAGACGUCCUGCGGAAGAACAUCGUGGAAGGUACAAUGCUCCUGUUGCAGACGAAGUUGCAGUAAUCUUAGUCGAUCAGGAAUGUGACAGACGUGACAUAGUAUUGCGUACUCAUGAUGAUCGCUUACAACGAAUUUACGAAACCCAUAGAGCUUAUGAUGCCCUGCAAUAUCCAUUGAUAUAUUUCCAUGGCGAGGAUGGGUACAAUUUCGGACUCUAUCAAGUUAAUCCAAAUACUAGAAUAACAAAUUAUAAUAAAAAAAUAUCAGCCUUACAGUUUUAUUCAUACCAGAUACAAAUAAGACGGAAUUGUUUUAAUUAUUUGCAACGAUUUCGAGGACUUUUCAGCCAAUUCAUCGUCGAUAUGUACGCAAAAAUAGAGACGGAGAGGUUAAUUUAUAUACGCACUAACCAGACACGAUUGCGUGCUGAGGAUUAUGUGCAUUUGCGAGACGCAAUGCAGCAAGAUAAUAACGUGGAGAACAUGGGACGAUUAGUUAUCUUACCGUCAAGCUUUAUAGGAGGUCCACGUUAUAUGCAUGAGCGAACCCAAGACGCCUUUUGCUAUGUUCGCAAAUACGGUCGACCUGACCUUUUCAUCACCUUUACCACUAACCCAAAGUGGAAUGAAAUUUCAGAAGGGCUUUUUGAUGGCCAGGUGCCACAUGAUCGCCAUGACAUAAUAGCCCGGGUGUUUCAUCUUAAACUCAAGCUCAUGAUCGACCUAAUUACAAAACAAAAGGUUUUCGGGCCAUCAAUGUGUUUUAUGUACAGUGUUGAGUGGCAGAAACGGGGGUUGCCACAUGCCCACAUUCUGCUGUGGUUAGAAGAAAAACUUAGACCUGAUACUAUUGAUAGUGUUAUAAGUGCUGAAUUUCCCGAUAAGACCCAAGAUCCUAUGUUAUUCGAUAUUGUGAAGACUCAUAUGAUACACGGACCAUGCGGCACAUUAAACAGAAAUUCUCCCUGUAUGCAAGAAGGUCAUUGCUCUAAAAGAUAUCCUCGGGCACUUACAGAACACACAAUAUCGGGAGAAAAUGGAUAUCCACUAUACCGCCGAAAAUCACCACAACAAGGAGGCUUCACAGCAAAAAUAAGAUUACAUGGUCAGGAAAUAGAUGUAGAUAAUAGAUGGGUGGUACCUUAUUCACCGGUACUAUCAAGAACCUUUCAAGCUCACAUAAACGUCGAGGCCUGUAACAGUGUCGAAUCCAUCAAAUAUAUUUGUAAAUAUGUGAAUAAGGGCUCUGACCAAGCAACUGUGGGGUUCACUAAUAAUGAUAACGAUGAAGUUACGAGGUUUCAGUCGGGCCGCUAUAUAAGCUCCUCUGAGGCAGUUUGGCGUAUUUUAAGUUUUUCAAUUCACGAGAGAUAUCCACCCGUCAUCCAUCUUGACGUUCAUCUUGAAGGUGGACAAAGAAUAUAUUUCAAUCCUGAAAAUGUAACGGAGCGCUUACACAACCCAAGAAGAACCACUCUGCUCGCCUUCUUCAAUCUUUGCGAAACAGACGCAUUUUCUAGGUCUCUCUUAUACAGCGAAGUUCCGUCGUAUUAUACUUUCAAUAAACAAGAGGGUAUGUUUAACCGCAGAAGACGUGGAACAGCUGUAGCAGGUGAACCAGGUAUUUUUAAAGAUCAUGUCAUUGGUAGGGUUUAUACAGUUCAUCCGAAUAACUCCGAAUGCUUUUACCUUCGCCUACUUCUACACGUUGUCCGAGGGCCUACUUCGUUUGCCGAUCUCCGAAAGCUUGACAAUAUUGUACACCCUACAUACCAAGCCGCGUGCCGGGCACGUCACUUACUGGAUGGGGAUCAACAUUGGGAUGAUGCUUUGUCAGAAGCAAGUAUUAGCGAAAGUCCUCAGCGGUUGCGACAUUUGUUUGCAGUCAUGCUGGUGUUUUGUGCACUUUCUGAUAGUGCACAGUUAUGGAAUAAGUAUCAAAAUAAAUUAGCUGAGGAUUUUUUCAGGCACGUACAACUUAAUGAUAACCCAAUCGAGGAGAGAUUACGUGAAAGUCAAUUGAAUCGUUGUUUGUUGGCUAUUCAGGAAAUAGUUACAUCUAUUGGUGGUAAUCCUAUUUCUCAAUAUGGCAUGCCGGAGGCGUCAUUUAGCGGAGAACGUAUUAAUAGAGAUUACGUGAUGGAAAACAACUAUGAUCCAGUUGACUUGGCCGAAAUUUUACAAACUGAUCUGUCGAGACUAACUGAUGAACAGCGGAUGAUAUUUGAUCGGGUGUGCCGCAGCGUUGAUAAUGCUUUGGGAGAAAUGUUAUUCGUAGAUGCUCCCGGUGGAACUGGUAAGACAUUUCUUACGAAAGUUAUUUUGGCGAAGGUACGAAGCCAAGGUAGAAUCGCGCUUGCUGUCGCUUCAUCAGGAAUAGCAGCCACAUUGUUGCCAGGUGGGAAAACUGCUCAUACAAUGUUUAAAAUUCCUAUUGACUUAGACCGCACAGAAAGCCCUAUUUGUAAUAUUUCAAGAAACAGCGAUAAGGCGAAAGUUUUACGCGAUUGUUGUCUUAUUAUAUGGGAUGAGUCAACAAUGGCAAAUAGAAAAGCAGUAGAAGCAGUGGAUAGAACGUUGCGUGACAUCAAGCGAAACGACUUACCCAUGGGUGGCAUUACUAUGCUUUUUUGUGGCGAUUUUCGUCAAACUCUCCCAGUAAUACCACGUGGAACAAGGGCUGAUGAAGUGAGAGCCUGUCUAAAGAGUUCUCGACUGUGGCAUUACAUUAUCCCUUUGCAUUUGACAUUAAAUAUGCGAGCGCAAAUUGGAGGCAACGAAAAUGCUCAAGAGUUUUCAGAUUUGCUGCUAGAUAUCGGUAACGGUGUGUAUCCGCAGGAACAAGGUAAAGUUGCUCUUAAUGAAAACCUAUGCUGCAAAGUUUCGUCAAGGCUAGACCUCAUAUCAUCUGUGUAUGGAAGCGCAACGCAAAUACCAUCUCGCGCAAAUUCCUGGCUUUGUGAAAGAGCUAUUUUGACACCACGAAAUGACCAAGCUGCAACAAUAAACGCUGAAAUUUUGAGCUCUGUUCCGGGGGAUUAUGUUGAGUAUGUCUCCAUUAACAGAGUUAUGGAAGAAGGAGAAUCUACAAACUACCCAGUAGAAUUUUUAGAAUCCCUCAGUGCUCCUGGACUACCAGCACAUAAGAUUAAAUUAAAAGUAGGCUUACCCAUAAUUCUCCUCAGAAAUUUAAGCCCUCCUAAACUCUGUAACGGUACGAGAUUAAAAGUGUGCAAUUUAAAACAAAAUAUAAUAGAAGCAGAAAUUUUAACAGGAUGCGGUAUCGGUGAAACUGUUUUCAUUCCUCGGAUUCCACUGAUACCAAAUAAUUUUCCAUUCAGUUUUAAACGAGUGCAAUUUCCGGUGAGCCUAUGUUUUGCGAUGACAAUCAAUAAAGCCCAAGGUCAGACGCUUAAAGUUGUUGGUGUAGAUCUUAGUAUCAGCUGUUUCUCGCACGGUCAGCUAUAUGUAGCUCUGUCACGGGUUAGCAAUCCUAGGAGCCUGUAUGCUUUCGUCCCCGAUGGCCAUACGUCAAACAUCGUUUAUAGGGAAGCAUUACUGUAG